UUGGUAAUUUAAAUGGAAAUAAUGUGUUUAAGAUGCGUAUAUUUAGAUCAUAUAAAUUAUAUGAAAGCAAUUUUAACGAAAUUAUUUAAAUUUAUUGUUGAUAAAAAAAAAUUUGGCAAUGUGGCCUGUCUUGAUGCAGUACCAUUCACAAUCAUUAGCAUCAUAAAGAUGGAACCACGCAAGUUAUCGAUACAAUCAUAUUAAUAUCGAGUACAGUUGCGAAUUCUUGUAAAUAUUUUCAUGUUUUUUGUUCAGUAAUAAAAUUAUGAUAAUGAUAUAAAAAAUGUAGCACUUUAGAGUGUAUAACGAUUAAGUAUUAAUGUCAAUUUAAAUAAUGCACUGAACGGUGACAAUAAAUAUUAGUGAACAAUUGUUAUCGAACGUAUUCAGAUAUCGAGUAUUUUUUACAAAUAGUUACAUCCUUAAUACGUUUUGUUUAUCCAUUGCAAUUUGUUUUGUGCUUGAUUGGAAGAAUAAAUAAUAAACCUAAUAAGAGACUUAUUAUUGUUAUAAAAUACAUAUAAAAAGGUGAAAUGGGGGAAGCCACUUAUCCAGAUCUGGAGAAAAUGUGUAGAUUGUGUCUACGCAUUUUUGAUCAGUCAGAACUUGUCGAUAUUUUUCCACAAAGUGGAGCCUCCGCAGACAGUACUUCGGUGCAGCUGUCCAUACCAAUGCGUAUCAUGGCAUGCGCCGCUUUGGAAGUACAAACUGGCGAUGGACUGCCGAAAUCAAUAUGCACCGAAUGUCGUUACCAGUUAGAAAAGUCAUACUAUUUUCGCAAACGUAAUCAACAAUCUGAUAGCAAAUUGCGCAAACAUAUUCGUCUGUUAAACCUUGGUAAAAAGAGCCGUGUUUUUGAGAAAUCGGAGGAUGACGAUUUCGAAGAUGAACUAGAAUACGAGGAUUCUAUUAAAUUUAUACAGAAAACUGAAGAAGAAAAGAAGGCGUCAGAAAUAACAUUAUGGGAACAAAAGUCUCAGAAAGAGCUUGAUGAAAAGAUUGCUGAAGCCAAAAGAGAAUGGAUAGAAAAAUAUAAAAUUGAUGUGCGCGAUGAGGUAGCAAUGGAGUUACGUAGUGCUGUCGUAGCUGAAGUGAAAGAGGAGUUGAGAUGUGAAAUGGAGCAGGAUUUACGAACGGCUCUACGCGAUGAAUGCUUGGAGCAGGCAAAGGAAGAGCUGCGUUUAGAUGUAAUGGAAGAAUGUCGUGAACAAGAAAGACUAGCACUGCUCGACGAUUUGCAAGCUUUUUUAAAUACAAAAAGAGAUCCAACCAUGACGACUAAGGGGAACACAAUAAUAGUUUCAAAAGCAAUUGAGCAGAACAUAGAACAAAAAGUGGUACAACAAAAGGAAAGAAAUGAAAAGGUACCAAUGGCGGAAAAGAGAAGGGCAUCAGCGUCACCCGCUAAAGGCGAAAUCGUUAAUAAUAAUGACAUAUGUGCAGAAACAGAAGCCGAUGGCGAUGUCGAGGGUGAAGCUGAAGAAGAGCCGGAAUUCUAUUUAAUAGAGUCAAUCAAUAGUCAUGAAGGUGAAGGUUCUUUAGUAUCAGAAAAGGCACCUAGUAGAAAACGUCCAAAAAUAGACAAAAGUCAACGGUUUGAAUAUUUUGAAGAUAGAUUAGGAAGCGGAAAUUUUCGUUUAACAGCCUCGGAAAGCAGUAGUCAUGAGCCUGGCACGGAAUCCUAUCACAUUGCAGAUACUGGUGAUGUUCAAUAUUACAAAAAAGACGCCAAAAACGAAGACGAAGAUGGUGAAUGCGAGGAAAUGGAUGGAGAAGAUGAAGGUGAUAACGAAGAAGGAGUUAUUGUUUUUAAUUUUGCUGAUGACAUUGAAGGCGAACAAGUCGAGGCAAUGGAUUUCGCCGAUCUUAAGAAGUUAUACGUAAUGAAGUCUUCAAAGCCGGAGCAAAUGGUUAGCGAAGAGAAUGAAGAAUCUAAACCAAACACCAUGCCGACUUUUACAAAACAAAUCGUGGCAAACAGUACAAAUUCCGUCGAUUUGGGUAACACGGUAGAUUUCCCUGUACAUCUACGAAAAACCGAUACACCGAAGACAUUCAAGUGCGAAUCAUGUCCCAUGGUUUUCUCCACAAGCAAUGCCAUGAAUCGUCACCUGCGCACACAUCAAAAAGGCGAACAACGUGGCAUAUCCUACCAGUGCUCCGUGUGUCUUGUAUAUUUAUCCUGCAAAAGCGCACUCAACCGUCAUAUGAUCAUACACACUGGCGAAAAGCCAUAUGUGUGUGACGAAUGUGGCAAAUCAUUUGUGCAACGCGAAGUACUCAAGCGACAUAUGUUAACGCAUACGGGCUCCAGACCGCAUAAGUGCACACAUUGCCGACGUACAUUUUCACAAAAGAACAAUUUAAUUAAUCACAUAAACCGAGCGCACUCAGAAGUGCCAAUGGGACAACAAUACGCAUGCCAUCUAUGCCCCAAGCGUUUCAGUCACACGUCGGGUCUUAGCCGUCAUCUGGUCACACAUACGGGCUUGACAUUUCAAUGCACCGAAUGCAAGCGGAAAUUCGCCGAUCGUUCAUCGGUGAAACGGCAUAUAGUGAAUGUGCAUGGCGUGCGAAAGAACGUUGCAAUCGAAAGCGUAAAAAAAGCGACGGAUGUUGAAUAUUACUCCGUUGAAUGUGUCGACGGCGUCGAAACGACUGAGGAGAACGGCGCAGCAUUUUUGGUAUGAUGAGGACUCGUAAUUGUUUAAAUUUCAAAUAUUAUUUGUAUUAUUUUGCCUGAAGCACUUAUGUGAGCUUAUUUAGAUUAAGAGGCCAUCAACUUGUUACGCACAGUAACAUUAAAUUAGUUUUUAAUUUUUUUUAUAAUUUUACACAUCGAUUUGUUGUUAACUAAUUGUUAGCAAUUUGUAGAAUUUAAAUUAUUUCAAAUAUGUAUUUCGUUUGUACAGAAAAUUUAAACAUACGAUCAUAAAAAUAUUUUUACAAAUUAACAAUAAAAUUUCGAAAAUCUUAAACAUUUUAAUUUAAGCAGUUAAGAAGAAAAUCUAAAAUUUUUCGAUUUCAUUCUUGCCUUCAUUGUUCAGUUAUUUGUUACGAUAUAUACGAAGGUGGAAGCGGUUAGUUUCCUUUUCCUAUUGCCUGAAUCCAUCGCAAUAGUUACUACUAAUAAUCGCCGAAAGUACACCCUUUGUCCUUUGAUGCUUGUCGUUCCGGUUAUGUAGACGGGGCUGUGUAAUGGCAUCCCUAUUAUCGCUUCUAAUUAGAAUUUCAUUGUUCUUAACGACUCCAGCGGACCUCAAUUUUGUACCAAAAUACUAUUGUGAUUGUCGUAGGAUGGCCAAGAAACUAUUUUAUUUAAAAACUCCUCACUAAGCAGUUGUUUCCGGAAUUUUUUCGUAAACAUUUUUAAGUACAAAAAUUACAAAAUAAGUAAUAUAUUAAUGUUUAGUUUGCAGAAAUUUUUAACAAAACACUUUUUCUUUUAAAAUUCACCCCAAUCACGAAAAGUGUGAACAAAUUCUUGUGCACUUCUGGCAAUGUCAGCAUUCAAAUGACACAUCGCUAAUACCAACAAUUUUGACAGUUAAAGUUUUUGUGCCCAAACUGCGCUUGAUUAAAUUUUAAAAUUAAAUAAAAAGAACAAAUUUUUAAGA